AUGUCUGGGCACUUCGCUGAUCAGGAUGAUAGUAUAUCGACAUCCUCUAAAGAUUUUGCUGCGUCAUCCAAUAGUAUAGAUAUGCUUUCCAUGCCAGUUUCAUACGCAUCUGUAAUGAAAAAUGGUGUUGCUUUACCAUUUGGAAGCUCUCAAGUAUCGUCUCCAUAUGUCGGUACGCCGCUCAGCAUCCAAACCGACAUGUUGGUCAGCGAUAGCGGUGUAGAGAUGAAGAGUCGUUCAACCACAAGCUCGGAAUUUUCGGAACUUACUUCGGUGAAGGACCCUUCGUCUCCUGUGAAGGACGACUCGGCCAAUUUGCCCUUGCUGGCGUUUGGUGGUUCGGAAGCUGAACUUGUCGCCAAGCUGGUUGAUUUUGAUUCCUUAUCGAGAAGAGGUUCCGAAGAACAAGAUGAUCUCCGUCAACUUAGCCCUACAGCACUUCUUCCGAAUACACCUUUACCUCUUGAAUGUCCAUACGAACAUGUCGACGACUGUACGAGUUUACCAGAAUGGCACCUCUUCAAUGGUACAAGCUUCGCUUUAGGCGAAAGCGUUGUAGCCAAUACAUUCCUUCCUAUAUGGAAAUCAAACCAAAGCUCCGAAUUACCAGAAAUCAGUUCCUUGGUAAUUUAUUUUCUUUUUUGCUUCCACGAGCAACCAAAAAAGCUUCAAGUUUUUUCAGGUUUCAUCGCUUAAAC